CCGCCGGCAGCGCUCCGUCGUCGCGCUCGCUGCCCCGUCCACCAUUCGCCUCCCGCGCAGGCCCUGCCUCUCCUCCAGCCGCCCCCGAGCACCAUCCGCCCCUGAACCCCGCCCCCGACGUCGUCCGCAGGCUUCAGCUCCGCCGCCAGAGCUCGAGCGCCCCCAAUCAGCCGCUCCCUCCCUCCCCGUACGUCCUGACGCCGGACCUCGCCGUCCACAUCCUGCUGCCGUCGGCGAUUGGCCGUCCCUUGUUCCGCAACCUGAACGGAAACAAGUGAAGCCCUGUAUUUUCACAAAGCUGCUUUCUGUCAAACCACAGCCGAGGCAAACACAGCCUCAAUCGAUUGGGCUUGUUCGGGAGGUUCGAUGACGAUGGUCCGGGCAAAUCCAGCGACGGUGGUUCUUGAUUUGUUCAAGCACAUCAAGCGCUCAGCUGGUGGCCGUCUGGACCAGUUUGACCUUGCGGCGGUCCUGUCAGCGUGCGCGAGGCUGGAUAUCCUCGCCUGCGGCACACAGGUGCACUGUGACGCGGUGAAGAGCGGCUUCUUCUCGGGCGCCUUCUGUGCCACAGCGCUGGUGAACAUGUAUGCCAGGUGUGGCUGCGUGGGGGAUGCCCGUAGGGUGUUCGGUGGAAUCACAUGCCCGGAUACCGUGUGCUGGACGAGCAUGAUCUCUGGGUACCACCGAGCUGGAAGCUACUGGGAAGCAUUGUCUUUGUUCUCGAGAAUGUUGAAGAUGGGAUCUUCUCCGGACCAAGUGACAUGUGUCACCGUCAUUUCCAUUCUUGCGAGCUUGGGUAGGCUGGAUGACGCAAAGGCCUUGCUGAAGAGGAUGCCGGCGCCUAGCACGGUUGCUUGGAACGCUGUCAUCUCCAGUUAUGCGCAACAGAGUGGGAUUGAGCAUGGGGUCUUUGGAUUGUAUAAGGAUAUGAGGAGGCAGGGAUUAUGGCCCAGUAGAUCGACAUUCGCCAGCAUGCUAAGUGCAGCAGCCAAUAUGAGGGCGUUUGUUGAAGGUCAACAAUUCCACGCGUCCUCGGUAAGGCAUGGCUUGGAUGCAAAUGUUUUCGUCGGCAGUUCUCUGAUCAACCUGUAUGCGAAAUGUGGUCGCAUUAGUGAGGCGAGGUAUGUGUUUGAUUUCUCCCGUGAGAGGAACACUGUCAUGUGGAAUGCGAUGCUCAAUGGGCUUGUUCGAAAUGAGCUACAAGAAGAGGCCAUCCAAAUGUUUUGGUAUAUGAUGAGGCUUGGUCUUGAGGCUGAUGAGUUCACGUUUGUCAGCGUUCUUGGUGCAUGUGCCUACUUGGAUUCAUAUUGCCUGGGAAGACAAGUGCAGUGUGUGACAAUCAAGAAAUGCAUAGAUACAAGCUUGCUUGUUGCUAAUGCAACAUUAGAUAUGCACUCCAAAUUUGGAGCUAUAGAUGAUGCGAAAACAUUAUUCAAUCUGAUUCCUUACAAGGAUAGUGUAUCCUGGAAUGCCCUUAUAGUUGGACUUGCACGUAAUGGAGAAGAGGAAGAAGCAAUUGGUAUGCUUGGAUUGAUGAAUGAGGGUGGUAUAACACCAGAUGAAGUGUCUUUUGCUACUAUAGUUAAUGCAUGUUCCAAUAUUCGAGCUACUGAGACUGGAAAGCAAAUCCACUGCCUAGCAAUGAAGUAUAGUAUCUGCUCAAAUCAUGCUGUGGGUAGCUCUCUGAUUGAUUUAUAUUCUAAGCAUGGAGAUGUGGAAUCUUGUAGGAAGGUUUUGGCACAGGUAGAUGCAAGUAGUAUAGUCCCAAUAAAUGCUCUGAUUGCGGGUCUUGUGCAGAACAAUAGAGAUGAUGAAGCUAUACAGUUGUUUCAGCAGGUUCUUAGAGAUGGUUUAAAGCCCUCCAGCUUUACAUUUUCAAGCAUUCUUUCUGGUUGCACUGGACUUCUCAGUUCAAUUGUUGGCAAACAAGCUCAUUGUUACAUAUUGAAGUCUGGUCUUCUGAAUGAUGAUUCUUCCCUUGGUGUUUCACUGAUCCGGAUAUAUUUGAAGUCCAAAAUGCUCGAGGAUGCCAACAAACUCUUGACAGAGAUGCCAGAUCACAAAAACCUGCUUGAGUGGACAGCUAUCAUUUCAGGGUAUGCUCAAAAUGGUUACAGUUCUCAAUCAUUGCUAUCAUUUUGGAGAAUGCGCAGUUAUGAUGUUCACUCAGAUGAGGCGACAUUCGCUAGUAUUCUCAAAGCUUGUUCAGAGAUGACAGCUCUGAACGAUGGGAAAGAGAUACAUGGGCUCAUCAUUAAAUCUGGAUUUUAUUCUUAUGAAACUUCCACUAGUGCCCUCAUAGACAUGUACUCCAAGUGUGGUGAUAUCACCUCAUCCUUUGAAGUGUUCAAACAAUUGGAAAACAAGCAAGGCAUCACGUUAUGGAACUCCAUGAUUGUUGGAUUUGCAAAGAAUGGUUAUGCUGACGAUGCACUUCUGCUUUUUCAGAAAAUGCAGGAGUCACAACUAAAGCCUGAUGAAGUUACAUUACUUGGUGUCCUAAUCGCUUGUGCUCAUGCUGGCUUAAUUUCUGUGGGUCGACAUUACUUUGAUUCUAUGAACAAAGUCUAUGGAUUAAAGCCUAGAGUAGAUCAUUAUGCGUGUUUUAUUGAUCUCCUUGGACGAGGUGGUCAUCUUGAAGAGGCUGAAGAAGUUAUUAACCAGUUGCCCUUCAGACCUGAUGGUGUGAUCUGGGCGACAUACCUUGCAGCAUGCAGAAUGCACAAUGAUGAAGAAAGGGGGAAAGUUGCAGCAAAAAAACUUGCUGAGUUGGAACCAGAAAACCCGUCUACAUAUGUGUUGGUUUCAGACUUACAUGCUGCAGCUGGUAACUGGGGUGAAGCUAAGAUAGCCAGAGAAGCAAUGCGAGAAAAUGGAGUAACAAAAUUUCCGGGAUGCAGUUGGGUCACAGUAGGGAACAAGACAAGCUUAUUUCUUGUACAAGACAAGAAACACCCUGACUCUCUUAGCAUCUAUGAAAAGCUUGAUGAUCUUACUGGAAUGAUGAAGAAAGAUGAUGACAUUGAGGAAUAUGAUAUGCUUAUUUCUGCUGAAAUGUUUACUUGAUGACUCAAAACCCUUUUGAACUAAAAUGCUCUGAAGAAUGAGGCCCUGAUGUCAUUUUCUGGCCAAUCCAGAACUUGGGUAGAUGCUUGGUUACCGAGCACCACUGCAUCAGCACAGCUUUAUGGACUAUUGGUUUCACCCUGCAUUUCGGCUCAAGGGAGCCUAAUUACCUGUGAUGAAACCGCUUUGUUCAGUAGUUGAUACUUGAUACCAUACCAAGAUGGCUUGUGAAGUUACCACAAAGUCACAGUCUUGAUGUGGGGACGCGGUACCAGUGAAGAUUCAGGGGGCAACUAGAACUCAUAUAUGCUCAGAUGUUGCUUAUUUGACGAAUUUGAUGUGGUGCCACAACUAGGUGGCACAGCUGCAGUUUUCCGAUCUCUUAUUUAUGCAUUCAGCUGGUUAUUAGUCUCGCGGGAGCACAAAAGAUAACUUUGCAUCCUGAUCAUAUUUUUCUACUUGCGAAUUAGGCUGCCCUAUGGGCUCAGGCUGGGACUUCAGGCCUUUGAUUGGUGAUCCCAAGCACCUGGGAUGUCCACUAAGAUCAUUGUAACAUAAACUGAAAACCACCUCCUAGGAGGCAUGUAAACACCAAAGUCUUUGUGUUUUCUCGAGAAAAAAAAUCCAUGCGGACCUCUGAACCGUUUAGGUACCAUGAAGAAAAAAACAAUAGUGCACAUUCAUUUU